AUGCAAUUUUUCUACAAAGCUCGUACACCAGGAAAUUUCCUUGAAGGUCCGCCAGCUUUGCCUAGUUCACCUUGGAAAUUCAAGCCUAUAGUUAUGGAUCAUUGUUCCAUAUUUUCUACUUCAUCAAAGCUUUCCUUUUUUCAUGUUUCAUUGCUGUUUUUUCUCUCAUCUUUCUUCUACCUGAAUAUUGUCUCUGGCACCGCUACUCAAUUUAGUUAUGGUCAUCACUGUGAUUCAGUUGUUCAUGAAUCAAAACCAGCUGAUGAGGAGUUCAAUAUCUUCCCAUUUCCUGGACGUCAAAAUGGUUACUACUAUGGUGGGGAUAAAGUCUUGAAUCCUAGCUCAUAUCGGUAUUAUUCAUCUGAAUCGAAAACUCUAGUUUUCGAAACUCAUCAUGUAUAUACAACUGAUGAUGAGGAUGUCUUCAAGGUGGAGGGAAACCUGAUCUUUCAAAGCUCCUAUAACUACGAACAGAGUUUCUCCUAUGGUUUGUCCCUCUAUUCAUAUUCAAGUGAUUCAAGUAAUCGUGGAGUUCUGGACUUCGAUUUUCAUGGCUUCUGGUCUAGAAUUACCGGGAAGCUAUGCAUGGUUGGAUCAAGCUAUACGUACUCUAAAGAAGGUAAGCUGCUUCAUCUUGCAGCUGUUCUAAAGUUCAAUAACAUUAAGAGUUCAAGUACUAUCAAUACUUUAGUCACUGGAACCAUGGAUAGCUUGUAUCCUGCUGCUGAACCAAAUUACUUUGAGCAAAUUUCCCUGAUGAUGUUUCCUCAAGUAAGUUACAAUUACACCAAGGUUUCAAAACAAUUUAGUGAAGGUUGUCCUGGGGGAACUGAUAUUCCAGUGGAAUCAACCCUCAGCUUAUCGCGGAGUCGAACUAUUUGUAACAUGUUCUUAGGUCGAGGCAAUGUUUUUGAAUUGGAGUAUGCAAGUGGUUGCGAUUCUUCAAAGAGUUGCAAUCCAUUUGGUAAUGGUAUUGGAUAUUUGCCUUGGGUCAUGUCUUUGAGUAUGAUUCAGUGCUCGGAGGAUAGUCUAAGCUUGAGGUUUCUGAUAGAAUUUCCUAACAAUAGCCAUAUGAGGUACUAUAGCUCUUUCAAUUUCAGCACAUCAUUAGUUGGGGAAGGAUCUUGGGAUGCAAAGAAGAAUCGGCUUUGUAUUGUUGCUUGCCGAAUCUAUGAUGCAUCAAGCUCAUUGGAGAAGUCUCAUAUUGGAGACUGCACAACAAGGUUGAGCUUGAGAUUCCCAGCAAUCUUGUCUAUCAGAAACACAAGUACUGUUGUAGGUGAAAUUUGGAGUGAAAAGCCAAGGAAUGAAUCUGGUUUCUUUGAUAGGUUCAUGUUCCGAAAUACUUACCAUGGUAGGGGGGGAAUUCAACUUCAAGGUUUGAAGUAUGAGUACAUGGAAAUGGACAAAGUGAAAAAGUCAUGCCCAAGGAAGAAUCCUACUAGGAAGAGCGGCCUGGGAAAAUACCCAGAUGGCUAUUCUGGCGACCUGGGUUUUCAUAUCUCAAUCAGAGAUUCCAAAGGACAAAUAGGACGGGGUUAUUCAAAUCCUCUUGCGGUGGGUGAUCAGCCUUAUCAGAGUUUUCCAUUUCUAAUACCAUCCUCAAGCUCAAGGCCUAUAAAUCCUGGUGUUGAAUCAGAUACCAGUCGUAGCUUGCUUAUUAUCAGCUACAAAAUGAGCAUCAAACUACCUAGUUUGGAACCGAGUUCUAGCCUUAAUCGUCCAUUUAACCAAUCUUCAAAUGGAUAUCAGGAAAUCCAAAUUUCUGCUGAAGGGUUUUAUGAUGCUGAAACAGGUAAUUUGUGCAUGGUGGGCUGCAGAGAACUCAGGUCAGAAAACAAAGCAACAGUGAAUCAUUCAAUGGACUGCGAGAUCCUUGUGGAUAUUCGUUUUCCUCCAUUGAACUUAGACAGGAAAGGAAGUAAAAUCAAGGGAAGCAUCAAGAGCAUGCGUGAAACAACUGAUCAUCUUUACUUUGAACCUAUGAACUUUUCAGGAAAAGCUUAUUAUCGAAGUUGGGCAGUGGAGUCAAUUUGGAGAAUGGAUUUCGAGGUGAUCAUGUCUGUCAUAUCCAAGACUCUUGCAAUUAUCUUUGUAGUACUUCAAAUCUUUCAUGUGAGGAAGCACCCUGGCUUUUGUCCUUUCAUUUCACUUCUCAUGCUUGUUAUUCUAGCCCUGGGACACUUGAUCCCUUUGGUUCUAAAUCUUGAAGCAAUGUUCGCUCAAGAUAGUGAAAGAUCUGUUUGGAUUAGAGAUGGAACAUGGCUAGAAAUGAACGAGGUGAUCAUUAGGGUUGUCACAAUGGUGGCUUUUCUGCUGCAAAUUCGUCUUCUGAUGCUUUCAUGGAUUGCUAGAUGCUCUGAUGAAAAGAAAAAGGCCUUGUGGCUUGCAGAGAAGAGGGGGCUCUACUUGUGUUUUCCAGUGUACAUAGCUGGAGCCAUAAUCUCCUUCUUCGUGAAAUGGAGGAAGAAUCUAGUUGGAACCGGAAUCCAUUCUUCAUACUACAUAGAGCAUAUCAUUUUGGGGGGUUCAAGAGCUUAUGCUGGUUUGAUCCUCGAUGCCUUUCUUUUCCCCCAAAUCCUCUUCAACAUGUUCCAGAACACAAAAGAACAGGCUCUUUCUCGCUUCUUUUACAUUGGAAUCACCCUUGUUCGCCUGGUACCCCACGGAUAUGAUCUCUACAGGGCACACAAUUAUGUUGAUGUAGAUGACUCAUACAUUUAUGCAGAUCCUGCUGCAGAUUAUUACUCAACUGCUUGGAACAUCAUUAUUCUUGUGUUGGGCCUGUUCUUGGCUGCAAUUAUACACUUGCAACAAUGCUUUGGUGGUCGUUGUUUCCUUCCAAAGAGAUUCCAAGAAUCAGUGAUAUAUGAGGACCUUCCAGAGGCUUCAGAAGAGCAAUUGCCAUUAAAAUCCAGCACCUACAUUGAUUUUGGAUGGGGAAGGGCAAUCACAAUUCGAAGUGGGGGUGGGAACAAGCAUGAUGGGAAGAUAACAGUAUAUGGAGGAGCUGAAGAAGGGAGUACGGACUCUGAAGCUUACUUUUUACCUGAAACAUUGCAUGCCUUGGCAAUUGAUGAAGAGAGUUCAUGA